CAGCCUGAGUCCGGGCGUCCAUGGGGUGCAGCCUCGGCGCGACCCCCACCCCGAUUCCGACCCGGAUCCCGACUCGCGCCCGUCGUGCGCGCCGGCUCUGACCCGGACUCUGCCAGCGGAACGCGCGGCCGGAGAGGCAUCGUAGACACCAUGGCUGAACAACUCCUUCCUCAGGCUUUGUAUUUGAGCAAUAUGCGGAAAGCUGUGAAGAUAAGAGAGAGAACUCCAGAAGACAUUUUCAAACCUACCAACGGGAUCAUCCAUCAUUUCAAAACCAUGCACCGGUACACCCUGGAAAUGUUCAGAACUUGCCAAUUUUGUCCUCAAUUCCGGGAGAUCAUCCAUAAAGCUCUCAUCGACAGAAACCUCCAGGCUUCCCUGGAAAGCCAGAAGAAGCUCAACUGGUGUCGCGAAGUCAGGAAGCUGGUGGCACUCAAAACCAACGGUGACGGUAACUGCCUCAUGCAUGCCACUUGUCAAUACCUGUGGGGCGUCCAGGACACAGACCUGGUUCUGAGGAAAGCCCUCUUCAGCACGCUCAAGGAGACAGACACACGCAACUUCAAAUUCCGCUGGCAGCUCGAGUCCCUGAAAUCUCAGGAAUUCGUGGAGACGGGGCUCUGCUAUGACACUCGGAACUGGAAUGACGAAUGGGACAACCUCGUUAGAAUGGCAUCCACAGACUCCCCGGCAGCCUGCUGUGGGCUGCAGUACAGCUCCUUGGAAGAAAUUCACAUAUUUGUGCUCUGCAAUAUCCUCAGAAGGCCCGUCAUUGUCAUCUCAGACAAAAUGCUGAGGAGCCUGGAGUCAGGUUCCAAUUUCGCCCCUUUGAAAGUGGGUGGAAUUUACCUGCCUCUCCACUGGCCUGCCCAGGAGUGCUACAGGUACCCCAUCGUCCUCGGCUACGAUAGCCACCACUUCGUACCUCUGGUGACACUGAAGGACAGCGGACCUGAAAUCCGAGCUGUGCCCCUUGUUAACAGAGACCGAGGAAGAUUCGAAGACUUAAAAAUCCACUUUUUGACCGACCCCGAAAAUGAGAUGAAGGAAAAACUCUUAAAGGAGUACUUGAUGGUGAUAGAAAUCCCAGUCCAGGGCUGGGACCAUGGCACCACUCAUCUGAUUAAUGCAGCAAAGUUGGAUGAAGCUAACUUACCCAAGGAGAUAAAUCUGGUAGAUGACUACUUUGAACUUGUUCAGCAUGAGUAUAAGAAAUGGCAGGAAAACAACGAGCAAGGGAGGAGAGGGGUGCACCCCCAGAACCCUCUGGAGCCCGCCACGCCCCAGCUUUCCCUCAUGGAUGUAAAAUGUGAAACACCCAACUGUCCUUUCUUCAUGUCUGUAAACACCCAGCCUUUAUGCCACGAGUGCUCAGCGAGGCGCCAAAAGAACCAAACCAAACUCCCAAAGCUGAACUCCAAACCUGGCCCUGAGGGGCUCCCUGGCAUGGCACUUGGGGCGUCUCGGGGAGAGGCCUUCGAGCACUCAGCCUGGCGCCCUGAGGAGCCAGCAGGUGGACCUCACUCGGCCCCGCCAACAGCCCCCAGCCUCUUCCUGUUCAGCGAGACCACGGCCAUGAAGUGCAGGAGCCCCGGCUGCCCCUUCACACUGAACGUGCAGCACAACGGGUUUUGUGAGCGAUGCCACAAUGCCCGGCAGCUGAACGCCAACCAGACUGCAGACACUGCCAGGCAUUUAGAUCCUGGAAAGUGCCGGGCCUGCCUCCAGGACGUCACCAGGACAUUUAAUGGGAUCUGCAGUUCUUGCUUCAAAAGGACCACGACAGAAUCCUCCUCCAGCUUGGGCUCCAGCACCCUUUCUUCCUGUCACCAGAGGUCCAAGUCUGACCCCUCACAGCUCAUGCAAAGUCUCUCCCCACAUUCUUGUCACAGAGCUGGCAGUGACACCCCCUCUGGUUGCCUGUCUCAGGCUGAACGGACUCCAGGGGACAGGACUGGGACGAGCAAGUGCAGGAAAGCUGGCUGCAUGUAUUUCGGGACUCCGGAAAACAAAGGCUUUUGCACUUUGUGUUUCAUCGAAUACAAAGAAAACAAACAUUUCGUUGCUGCCCCAGGAAAAGCCAGUCCCACAGGCUCCAGGUUCCAGAACGCCGUGCCAUGCCUGGGCAGGGAGUGCGGCACCCUCGGAAGCACCAUGUUCGAAGGGUACUGUCAGAAGUGCUUCAUUGAAGCGCAGAACCAGAGAUUUCAGGAGGCCAAGAGGACUGAAGAGCAGCUGAGAUCCAGCCAGCACCGAGACCUGCCACGAACCUCUCAGGGCACCUCGAGGCCCAAGUGCGCCCGUGCCUCCUGCAAGAACAUCCUGGCCUGCCGCAGUGAGGAGCUCUGCAUAGAGUGCAGGCACCUCGGCCAGCACCGUGGGGCCCACCGCGGGGAUCCCACUGCGGCCGAAGAGGUCCCCAAACAGCGCUGCCGGGCCCCAGCCUGUGAUCACUUUGGCAACUCCAAGUGCAACGGCUACUGUAACGAGUGCUUCCAGUUCAAGCAGAUGUAUGGCUAAGCGGAAGCUGGGCUCAUCGUGGUGUUGUACUCCCGUCCCCUGGGUGCCACCAGAAGCAGCCCUGGGACAGUGGCCUGGAGAGUGUCUCUGAGCAAAGGAGGGAAGACAAGCUCUUCAUGGUGCCUGUGACACUCGGGUUGGGCCCCACUGACCUGAGAGCAGAGCUCGUGGCUGGCAGUGUGGUGUCGGGAUCGGCCCAGAGCUGCUCCUGUCCACCAGGUAAGAGGCCUGGCUCGCCCACCAGGAAUGCUGCAUCCUCUUGCGAGAGAAGGAAAGGACAGAUGGGCCGGAGCCCCAGCCAUUCCCACAGCUUCCUCCAGGACCGGGAUCCACAGGAAGCCGGUGGGAGCUUAGGAAAAAUGGGCCUGUUCAGAGAGCGGCAGGAGCCAGGGCUUGCCCACUGUCGUCUGCUUCCCUCCCAAGCCGAGGUUCUGUAGAAAAACAGAUCGUUUCCACAGGAGGAAGCCAACAAGCUGCUCUUUAACAUGCACUCUUUCACAGUGAGGUCUUAGGGGGACAGUGUUUAGCUCUGGCUUACCGUUACCUGCCUUCUAAAGAGAUCACUUUGAAUUAUUGUGUGUAAACAUGUAUACAUGAUGAAUAAUACCCUUAUAUUAUGUAUGAGGGGUUUUAUAUUAAAUGCUGCCCUAGCAGCACGGUACCCUUCACUUUAUUUAUUAUAUUGCAAACUUUGGUUAUUUAAAGGAAGAUGUUUCUUCUGCCUUGUCUCCUGGGCCAGCACACUUGCUGAGGGCACACUCUGGGAUCUAGCAGGUGUCUGACACAGUUGGCAGGGCAGGCGCCUCUUUGAUUCACUGCUGCUGUCUCCCUGGGAAAGAAGGUGUGGCUUCAAGAGUGCGUUUGGGAGAAUCUUGAGCAUCUCCAGCCGCUUGAUAGAAACUGUCUGCUGCUCCCACCGCCUGCGAGAAGAGCCAGGAAGGAGCAGGGACAGGACUGAGGACAGGGAGACUUCUCAUGAUGUUUCAUUUGCUGUGCUGACUCUGGGGAGGGUCACCUCGGCCACGGGACAAGCCCAGCCAUCCUAGCCGAGGACCUUUCUGUCUGUCUUUAGAUUGCUUUUUCUCUGUGUGCUUUGUGGUAGGGUCAUAUUCUCCCUGUGGGGGCGGGGGGCGAGGGACUUGGGUCUGAAAUGGAGAUCUGAAAAUCUCUAUAGCCCAUAACUAUGUAGCCUUUCUUCAGAUUAUUUGAGAUGUCUUUCCUGUUGCCCUAAAUCUUCCCCACCUCUUUUCAAAGAAGGUAGUUCUUUUGAAAUUAUGAGUCAGUAUCUUGUGUCUACCAAUAUUGUCAUUCUCAGCGUGAAGCAGUGAAAUUAUUUAUACUUAAAGGAAAUAUUUGAAAUUUGCACAUUUAGUUGUUUCCCCUAGAUGUUGCCAACUAUUGGAUUUCUUCAGAUUUUCCUAAAUGUAACUUCAAAAGGUUAAUAUUAAAAAAAUAAAUUAUUGAAGAACAGA